UCCUCCUCCGCGUCGCAGUUCCUCUCCUCUUUGGCAAGUCUCUCUCUGCUGCUCUCCGCCGUCGGUCGGUUCCGCCGCCGCGCUCUCCCCCUCUCGGCCGUCAUCCCUCGUUGGUGUAUCUAUUAUCUGCAAUUGCGACUUCUCCUCCCUCUGCAGUCGCCGUGUUGUCGCCCAGCUGAAGUGAAAGAGGGUUUCUUAGGAUGGGGAAGAACGAGUUCCUGACGCCUAAGGCGAUCGCUAAUCGGAUAAAAGCCAAGGGCCUGCAGAAACUCCGGUGGUACUGCCAAAUGUGCCAGAAGCAGUGCCGGGACGAGAACGGCUUUAAGUGCCAUUGCAUGAGCGAGAGCCAUCAGCGGCAGAUGGAGGUGUUUGGCCAGAACCCUCACCGUAUCGUUGACGGCUACUCCGAGGAGUUCGAGUCGUCCUUCCUUGAGCUCAUGAGGCAGAGCCACCGGUUCAGCCGUGUCGCAGCCACGGUCGUCUACAAUGAGUAUAUCCAUGACCGCCACCAUGUCCACAUGAACUCCACCCAGUGGGCCACCCUCACAGAGUUUGUCAAGUACUUGGGCCGGACUGGUAAGUGCAAGGUCGAGGAAACCCCUAAAGGUUGGUUCAUCACUUACAUUGAUCGGGACAGUGAGACGCUGUUCAAGGAGAAGCAGAAGAAUAAGAGGAUUAGGGCUGACAUGGUGGAAGAAGAGAAGCAGGAGAAGGAGAUUCUGAAACAGAUUGAGAGGGCUGGGCAGAUGAUGCCAGCAGUCAAUGGGGCAAAUUCGAAUUCAGGGUCGGAGCCUCUCAGGGAGGUUACUUUAGAGAAUGGCGUUAAAAUUGGGUUCUCAUUAUCAAAACAGGGGAUCAAGGAAAAGGGUGAGGCGUCUCGAGUUGUAUUCGACGAGGCGGAGAAUGAGAGGGCGAAUAAGAGGAAGAAGGAUGAGAAGUCCUCGAGGUCAGCCUUGGAGGAGUUGAUGAAAGAGGAGGAGAAGGCGAAGGAGCGGAGCAAUCGGAAGAAUUACUGGCUGUGUGAAGGGAUUGUCGUGAAGGUGAUGAAUAAGAAACUGGCAGAUGGGAAGUAUUACAAGCAAAAGGGAGUUGUGAGGAAGGUGAUUGAUAAGUAUACCGGGGAAAUCGGGAUGCUUGAGAGCAAGGAUGUGUUGAAGGUCGACCAGGAGGAGCUGGAGACUGUAAUUCCACAGAUUGGGGGACUCGUGAGGAUUGUUAAUGGGGCCUAUCGGGGGUCAACUGCGAGGCUUCUUGGGAUCAACACAGAGGAAUUCUGUGCAAAGGUGCAGAUCGAGAAAGGCAUCUAUGAUGGAAGAGUAAUCCCGGCCAUUGCGUAUGAAGAUAUAUGCAAAGUUCAUGUAAAAGUUGGCUGAAAAGAUUUGGCUCUGGAGAUGGAUAAGAUUUACAGGCAUCCAUUCCGAUCAUAGUUCCCUGCCUUUUCUGAAAGAUCAACCUCUGCAGGUGUAAAUUUGUUACUUGAUGUCCUAUUGUGCGUAUCUCAUUGGUGCAUAAAUGACUUACUUUGAUUAUGCAGAAAAAUGCACCUGAUAUGGUUAUGCACACUUUAAGUCGGGGAAAUAAUAUUUUUUUUCUCGUUUAGUGUCGUGCUUGAUGAACUUGACCAUAAAACUGCAGCUGCUAUACUUCUUUUCUCUAUGUAUCUGUGAUAUAAUUCGCAUUGUUUGUUAUUA